AUGAAACGGGGCGGUUUGAUCUUAGCUGUUGCCAGCGCAAUAUUUGGGUGUAUCGGCAAUGAAUGCCGCAGAAUUGAUGUUGAAUUUUAUGAUAUUCGAACAAACAUUACGUUCAAAUAUCCAACCAUUUCAUUACUACCAUUAACACCAAACCUCCCAAAGUUUGUUUUUCGAGACAACCACUGCGAGUGUGCGGAACUGAGAUGUUCGUGUUGCAUGGGAAUGCGUAUGGAGCAACUAAAUUUUAGUCGCAAAUUUUGUUCCGCUUUUACAUAUGUGCCGUAUGAUUUUGCAAUCGAUAUGGAAGUUUUGAUGGACGACUCUUUGAUCUACGAAAAUUCUUUAUCAGCCAAAAACCCCCCACCAUUAUGCUUACCGGUACCAAUACCGUAUAUACCUCUCAACGCUAAUCUUUGUCUAAGGUUGUUCGAUAUCUACACUCCCAGGCAAAACCUGCACAUGUGCCUCGAUGUCGAGGCCCGUGUCUGGACAAAUCCAUUGUUGAUACUUCAUUUCGAAUGCAUGCGUAUGGGGGCAGAUGGACUAUUAUGGCUGAAACCAUCGCAAGGCGACGGAUUUGAACCACUCGCGCCGGAAGAAACGACUGAUCCUUACGACGAAGUUACAGAAGAAAGAUACGACUCAGCUUAGUUACAAGUAACAACGCAAAUGCAUGCGAUUUCGUUCUAUUCCAAUCUUAAUAAAC